CAAAAGUUAUGAGUUCAAACUUCAAAUCAAAGAAACAUCAAUGCCUUGUCUUCCUCAAGCUCUGUCCCUCCAUCAAACACCUCUUACAGAUCCAUGCUCAAAUCCAUCUCUCUUCUCUCCAAUCCGACAGCUUUAUCAUCAGCGAACUCGUACGUGUUUCUUCACUAUCUCACUCCAAAGACCUCGCCUUUGCUCGAACCCUUCUCCUUCAAUCCUCUGACUCGUCUCCUUCCACUUGGAACAUGCUCAGCAGAGGUUACGCUUCAAGUGAUUCCCCUGUAGAAUCGGUUCGGAUCUACUCCGAGAUGAAACGACGACGAAUCAAACCCAACAAGCUCACGUUUCCUUUUCUUCUCAACGCUUGCGCUUCCUUUUUCGGCCUCACAGCGGGGAGACAGAUACAAGUAGAUGUUUUGAAACACGGGUUUGACUCCGAUGUUUAUGUCGGGAACAAUCUGAUUCAUUUGUACGGUUCUUGUAAGAAAACUUCGGAUGCUAGGAAGGUGUUCGACGAAAUGUCUGAGAGAAACGUUGUCUCAUGGAACUCUAUUAUGACUGCUAUGGUUGAGAACGGGAAGUUCAGUUUGGCGAAUGAGUGUUUCGCCGAGAUGAUCGAUGCGAGGUUCUGUCCUGAUGAGACGACGAUGGUGGUUUUGCUCUCUGCUUGUGUAGGUAACUUGAGUUUGGGGAAGUUGGUGCAUUCGCAGGUUAUGGUGAGAGAGUUGGAUUUGAACUGUAGACUAGGUACUGCGCUUGUUGACAUGUAUUCAAAGUCUGGUGGGUUAGAGUAUGCUAGGUUAGUUUUCGAGAGGAUGCGUGACAGAAACGUUUGGACUUGGAGCGCGAUGAUCGUAGGGUUAGCACAAAAUGGAUUUGCGGAGGAAGCUCUUCAGCUUUUUAUCAAGAUGAAGAAGGAAUCAUCAUCGGUGAGACCAAACUACGUGACGUUUCUAGGUGUUCUAUGCGCUUGCAGCCACGUAGGAUUGGUGGAGGAAGGGUACAGAUACUUCAGGGAGAUGGAGAGAACACACAAGAUCAAACCGAUGAUGAUUCACUACGGGGCGAUGGUGGAUAUCUUGGGACGUGCAGGUAGAUUAAGCGAGGCGUAUGGCUUCAUAAAGAAGAUGCCUUUUGAGCCUGACGCGGUUGUUUGGAGGACGCUACUCUCUGCUUGCAGUGUUCAUCACGAUGAAGAUGGUGAAGGGAUUGGAGAGAGAGUGAAGAAGAGGUUGAUUGAGUUGGAGCCAAAGAGGAGUGGCAAUUUGGUGAUUGUGGCGAAUAGGUUUGCGGAAGCGAGGAUGUGGGAUGAGGCAGCAGAGGUUAGGAGAGUGAUGAAGGAGAAUAAGAUUAAGAAGAUAGCUGGAGAGAGUUGUCUGGUGCUGGGAGGGUCAGUUCAUAGAUUCUUCUCGGGGUAUGAUCCUCGUUUUGAGUAUGUAUCCAUGUAUGGGUUAUUAGAUUUGUUCAAGUUGCAUUUGAUAAAUGACAAUUAUAUGGUCAGUGAUUCAAAUUCAUUUUCUUGACUUGUUCAAAAUUUAACAUUUUGUAAGGGUGAUGAAUGGCUAGGAAAGUUUUUUUCUUAUAA